GCUCUCUGGGGGCGCCAAUCGUUGUUUUCCGUCAUUACACGCUGCUUCGUAAAUAUGCGCAUGCUGCUACAAGCUUUUACCGACCGCGCUGUCGCCGUCGACGACGCUGCUGGCGCCUCAGUCUCAAUCAGUCAGUUCUCGGCGAGCGACGGCAACGACAACGGCAAUUGGCAAAGCGUCGCGCAGCAAACAACAAUUUUUUAUAAAAAAGUGGGGGUCAUAAAACCCAAAAAAAAAAAAAUAAAUAACAAAAAGAGAUAAUAAUAACAAUCAGAGUUAAACAAUCAUUUUGCGACUGGCGCCGGCCACAACAACAAUAAUAAAUUUAAUGUGUACUGUGCAGCUUUUGUUUAAAUAUAAGAAAAUACAAUUAUUAAAACAACAGAAGCGACCCACAAAAUACAACAAAUUUGCAUCGAGGGCAGUGCGAAAAAUGCCUUGAAUAACCGUUAAAUGUCAAAUUUCGUUUUCUGCACCAUCAACCAAAAUGUCAUAAACAAAUCGCGUCAAGAAGCUGAGGUGAUAAACCAGACAACAACAAAUUGAAUAACGGGCACUUGAAAAGGCAAGAAAUCAAAUAAAAUUAACAACAUGACGAGGCGCAUUUGGAGUGCAUGGCUGCUGCUGUUAUUGGCCAUGAUUAUGCUGGCCAAGGCAUCACCUGCUCCUAGUCGUCAGUAUAGUUGCAUGAGUUAUCAGGAGAACGAUAGCUCCCAGCAUGAUGAUGACUAUGAGCAGGAGAACAGCGAAGGCAUCAGUGCAGAGCAGCAGCAAUUGCAGCUGCUGGAGACGAGCAGCAAUUCGGGUGAACCACAUCAACGCAGCUGCACGGAGGGUUAUACCUUCUGUUUUAGCCUGUGGAAUCAAACGGCCAAUGGCACGCGACUGGUUAAACAGGGCUGCUGGAAGGAUAACACGGAUCGCAACUCCAUCUGCAGUCAGACGGAGUGCACCAGCUCAGCGCCCACAUCACGUAGCAAUUCCUUGUACUAUUGCUGCUGCUCGGGAGAUCUCUGCAAUGCCCAGGUGUCUGUCGUGGAACCAGCUCCUCUGGAGUUGGCCAACAAUGUGCGAGCUGCGGUUACCAAUCGUGCCACAUCCCAUCAGCAGAACUCGAUUAGAGCCACCACCAUGUUGAGCUGUGCUGGCCUCAUAACGCUUAUCCUCAUUGGUAUACUAAUGGCAUUUCAAUAUUGUCGUGGAGUAAAGGAGAAAACCGAGCCGGAAGAAUCUCCGUUGGCACCCUCGGGACCUGGUUACAGUUCCAAUCUGCGCAAUGUGGAUAAUCUGAAUUUGAUUGGAAUGCUGGGCAGCGGUAAAUAUGGCACUGUCAUGAAGGGACUGCUGCAUGAGCAGGAGGUGGCCGUCAAGAUCUAUCCGGAGGCACAUCAUCAGUAUUAUGUAAAUGAGAGAAAUAUCUAUGCGUUGCCCCUGAUGGAUUGUCCGGCCUUGCUCAGCUACUUUGGCUAUGAUGAACGUCGCACCAUGGAUGGCAGGAUGGAGUAUCAGUUGGUGCUGUCCUUGGCGCCAUUGGGUUGCCUUCAGGACUGGUUGAUUGCCAACAGCACCGACUUUGCCCAAUGUUGUGGCAUGCUGCGCACCAUAACCCGAGGAGUCUCCCAUCUGCACACGGAGCUGCGUCUUGGGGAACUGCACAAACCCUGCGUAGCCCAUCGGGAUCUCAACUCAAGGAAUAUUCUGGUGCAAUCUGAUCUCAGCUGUUGCAUUGCAGACUUUGGGUUCGCCCUGAAGGUGUUUGGCUCCAAGUAUGAGUACAAGGGAGAGGUGGCCAUGGCGGAGACCAAGAGCAUCAAUGAGGUGGGCACCCUGCGGUACAUGGCGCCGGAGCUGCUCGAGGGUGCCGUCAAUCUGCGGGAUUGUGAGACAUCUCUAAAGCAAAUGGACGUCUAUGCACUGGGAUUGGUGCUCUGGGAGGUUGCCACACGUUGCUCGGACUUCUAUGCACCCGGGCAAAUGACGCCGCCGUACAAGGCGCCCUAUGAGCAGGAGGUGGGUCCGCAUCCCAGUUUCGAUCAGAUGCAGUCUCUCGUGGUGCGUCACAAGGCGCGUCCGCUGUUCCCCGCUGGCUGGGGAGGUGGUGCAGCCGCCAAGUUGGUGCGUGAUACCUGCGAGGAUUGCUGGGAUCACGAUGCAGACGCGAGACUCACCUCGCUCUGUGCCGAGGAGCGUAUGCAGGAGAUGUCCAGUCUGCGUCCACGCCUUCAAGCACAACCCGCUAGUCCGCUGCUCAAUACAAACAAUCUGGCAUCGCCAGUGUCACAGUUGCAGGGGAACACCAUCGGCAGCACCACCAUCACGGCGGCUGCAGUGCAUCAAGCUCAGCCGCAGCUGACAUCGGCUGAUGGCGGUCUGCUGCAACCGCCGCCCAAUCAACAGUUGCCCACGGAGAAGAAUCACCUGAACUAUGCACAGCCGCAGCUGCAGCCCCAUCUCCAGGGACGUAAUCCCUGCCAGGAACGUAAUCUGGCACCACAGACGUUGCGUGCAGCUCCAGUGCUGGUGGAACGCAGCAAGAAGCACAGCUUCCAGCCACAGCAAGAGCAAAGUCUGUCCUGCUUGGAGCAUGAUGUCAGCGUGGAGGAGCUAAUUGCCAGUCACCAGCAGAAGCACAACUCCAGCCUGGGACAGGGAUUCCCCAAGCAACAGAACACGGAUCACAAGCUGCGAGGUUGGCACGCUGUGCGCGCCUUAAUCCACAAGAAGCUCUUUCGCAAGGAGCACGCCGAGGAGAUCUGCCGGCAGCUGCAGUUGGGCGAGGAGAAGUCCAAUCUAGUGGCCGCUCUCAAGGGCAUGGACAAUGCACGUUUGUCGAGCGGCUUGAGGCGUCCCAACAAUCUCGAUUUAAGUCCGUUGCAGCCACUGAACAGAGCCAAUCCUCUCCAGCUGCGCAGCGCAGAGCAGCGCACAGGAACACCCGCACACAUUGUGCCCCGGUCGCUGUCGAGCAGCCUCAUCAAGCACAACAACAACAGCAGCGGCAACAACAACAACAACGAGAACGAGCUUCACAUGCUGUCCUCAUCGCGAGCACCGAAGCGUCGUCCUGGUCAUCUGCGCACAAAUUCCCUGCUGGUCACCAGCAACAGUGGCAACAUGCCACCGCCAACGGAGCAGCAAAUGCGCCGCCAGCACAGUCUGGAAGUCUUCCGUGAGGUGUUCAGUGGGCGUGGCAGCAGCGAACGCCUACGAGAUCCCAGCGAGCGGGUGAAGACGCCGGGAGAUGUGCCGCCCUCGGUGCGUAAGGCGCGUGCUUCGAAAACCUUGAGUCUGUACGAUGAUCGAAUGAUGGAUUCAUCGCUACUCAAUAUACUCUAGCAUGAGGAGGUUCUGCUGCUGGAGCUAUAAGGUCAUCCGGCUGCAGAACUUGGCAGUGAUUUCAUAUCUCAAUCUUCAUAAUAACAAAAAAAAAAAUACCACAGCGACAUAUUCAACGAUAGCCAUACGAUAUAGUAGUCGACCUGAUACUGAAUUCCGAUCUUCAGAAAAUAAUAACAUAUAUGUAUUUUUGUCAAAUGAGAAAGGGAGAGAGCACGAGAGAUCAGACAGAUCCGAUUCAGAGAUAUCUAGAUUGUAUAUGUAUUUUUUCACCAAUCAUCCUAGCGUUUAGUGCGGCAAACAACCAAAGUCCUUAUAGGUUAGAACUGAAUACAGAAGAAGAGAGCACAGCAAAAAA